AUGAAGCGACGAUCUAGCGUCGGGAGCAAUGACAUUAGCAAGUAUUAUAGCAUAGAUGAAGAAGGGUAUUGCAAAGCCUCUUAUUCUAGCAAGAAUCUCAUGCUGACGAGGGAGGAUCGGUCGUUCUUCAAGAAGAACAAGCAUGGAGCUUCUUCGUUCCUUUUCAACAGCAGCCUUGAUGAGCUGGGGGAACAGACCAAGGGGAAGAACCAGAAGAAGAAGAAGAAGGAGCUUGACAAAGAGAACGAUGCGCCCGUAAAGGCGAGCAGGGAGGAGAAGGACUACGAGAGCAAACCGAGACAGAGCAAGCACUGGGAGGAAGAGGCGGAGAAGGAGAGGAAGGAAGGGCUUCCUAUCAAGUUGCCGGAUGGGAGUCUGAAGAAGGUGCGAAGAGAGAAGGCUAUCCCCGAGGACGACACGACAGAACACGCUCCUCUGAGUAGGAAGGCGCUGAAGAAGGCGAGGAGGGCACACGAGCAAGCCAAGAAGCAGGGGGAGGGGGAGCCAGAAAAGGAGGACGGGGAGGGCGAGGAGAAGCAGGAGGAGGAAGAAGAGAACGUCGAGGAGCCCGAGGUCCCAAAGACGCAGGACGAGAAGAAGCUCAUCAUUGCCGAAUGCGGCAGUGCCAUCAUGAAGGACCCGGAGGCAAACAUCAGCCAACUCUCGUCCCUGCACUCCUUCUGCUCAGAUCCUGACCUCGUCGUUGCAAAGCUUGCGAUUCUCUCAGAGACAGCCGUGUUCUCCGACAUCAUCCCUGGGUACAGGAUCCGCCUCCCUACGCAGAAGGAGAAGGAAAUGAAGGUGUCAAAGGAGGUGGCGAAGCAGCGCAAGUACGAGGCUGCGAUCCUUAAAGGGUACCAGAAGUUCCUGCAGUUCCUGGAGGGAUACGGGAGGAAGGUGGAAAACAAGGCCAAGGACCUCGCGCAGAGCGGAGACGAUGCGGCGGUCAGAGGAAGCAUGUUGUACAUCGUGGUGAUGAGCAUGGCGAGCUUGCUGAAGAAGCUGCCUCACUUCAACUUCGCCAAGAACAUCAUGCAGUCGCUCAUCAGGAGGCUGGAGUCUCCGGUCGACCUUAUCGCCGACGCUGCUCUCUCCGCCCUCAAGGAGCUGGUGGAUCAGAGUAUCCUCAACGAUACUGUUGCUGAGUGCGUUCACAUGAUCGCCAACGUGGUGAAGGAGAGGGGAGGAAAAGUUCGACCGCAGGUUCUGAGCGUUUUCCUCAAGCUGAGAAUAAGCUCGGAGAUGCUGGAGGGGGGGAAGAAAAAGUCGAAGCAGAAGCAAGACGAGGAGGAGGAGGACCUGGAGAACUCGCUUGCGGAAGGGCAUGCGACUGUGGCGAAGGAGGAGGUGAAAAGAGUGGCAACGGGCAUCCUGGAGUCAGUGCUCAAUACCUACUUCCGCGUCCUCAAGAUGCAGCCUAUCCAGCCGCAGCUGCUUCCUCCGGUCAUGGAGGGCUUGUCCCGGUUCGCCCAUCUGAUCAACAUCGACUUCUUCUCCGACCUCCUGCAGGCCAUCAAGGCGCUCAUGAUUGCCGAGGACGACGCGGGUAGCGAGGAGGAGAAGGGGGCGCGUCUCUCGGUGGAGAGCUCGCUGCACAGCGUGAUCUGCGUGUUCAAGUGCCUGCACAACCAGGGGGAAGUGUGGGACCUCGACCUGCAGGACUUCUACGACGUGCUCUUCCGCUCCAUCCCCCGCAUCGCGUCCUCCCCUUCCGAGCUUGGCAACGUUUCUCUGCUCCUCGAAGCUCUCCGCAUGACCCUCUUCGACCUCCGCCAGCUGUCCACCGACCGAGUCGCAGGGUUUGUGAAGCGGCUCCUUGACCUGUCGCUCCAUGUUCCACCGCAGCACGCCAUGGCGAUCCUGUCCCUUGUGCGGCAGCUCUUUACCCGCUACCCGAAGGCUCGUAGGUUGUUGGAUACGGAGCACGCUUGUGUCGGAAUUUACAAUCCAGAGGUUGGCAAUGCGGAGCUUUCAAAUGCGCUUGCAAGCACGGCUUGGGAGAUGAACUUGCUGGCUUGCUCCUACCAUCCACAUCAGCAAACAGCGGCGACUGAAGUUGCCGGGAUGACGCAGGAGAACACGUUGGACGAGGAUCGCUACAGGGCCCUGAUCACCUCAAAGCCCUUUGAGAGCUUGUUGAAACAGUAUGACUCUACCAAGGCAAGGAGGAGGAUUCAACCCUCCUAUCAAGCAACCUUCUCCGCAUCCCUUGAUGGUACUCUACGAGAAGAGGAGCAGGAGCUUCUCCUGCAGGCGUUGAAGGCAAGGAAUGGCAACGAUCACUGUGUGGCCCAGAAGAACUUGGAAAAUCUGAACAACUCGAUGUGCGCGCAAGAUGUGAUGUCCUUCUUCAACAAGACAGCAGGAGUGCAAGCAGUCAAACAAGUGAAGCGACAGAAGCUAUCGAGCCAAAAGACAAAUGCUGUGAUCGGAAAGGCGGCGAUCAAGAACAAAACGACCCGCAAGAAGAUCAGCCGCAAGUAG